AUGUACGUUGAUAGAACUAAGAUAAUGCGUCAGCAUAUUGAUAAGCUGAAUGGUGGAAUCGAUGCAGCUACAAUCUCAGAGGAUAUUGAAAGUUGCAUCGAUGAGAUAAUGUCAUUAACGGAAGAAAUCGAUCUCGCAAAUGAUUUCAUUAAGAUGGAUGGACUUGGACUUAUUUCACGAAUGCUAAAACAUGAAGGCCAUCGAUUUCGUGCUUAUGCUGGAGAAAUUUUGGCAAUUUUAACCCAAAAUAAUGAGUAUGCUCAAAAACGUGUUCUUGAAUUUGGUCUUGGAAAAUACUUAUUCGACACAUUAGACAAGGAGACUGACCCACAUGCGAUGAAAGGACUACUUCACGGAACUUCUUGCUUCGUUCGCGGUAACAAGGACUGUCUCAAGCUCUUUUUAGAAGGCGAUUGUUUUUCUUCUGUACUUUGUAUGAUGGAGCGGGCUUCUAACAUGCUACAAGGAAAAUCGUAUUUGGUGAAUUCUGAAAAUGAUGCCAUUUUAAGACUUCUGAAUAAGGCUGCUUUUUUCAUUUACUGCUUAUCUCAGGAUAUAACAGAUGAUUUUAUUCCAACCCUUCAGUCUUCUGGCUGUGUUGAAAAAAUGGCAAAGCUAGCUUUUGUCUCCACUUCAUAUCAUGGAGGUGCGGCAGAAUUUCUUCUACCGGCACUACUGCUUCUUUUAUCUGGCCGCUCGCAAUUGCAAAGCGCUAUUGCAUUCGCACGUUCUGACGACCUUUCAUCAAAUAAUAGUGAAGUCAGCGAUCCGAAAUUAUUAAUAAAACGAACUCCUCUUAUAUUUUCAAUUCCUGUUCCGGUCUCUUCAAUCAGAUCACAAUGCCCGAAAGAUGCUCCGACCCCUCAAGAACUUAUUGAUUGGUUGAAUCACCUCUUGGUUGAGAUAAAGAGGAAUUCUAUUGAAGAUCAAGAGGCCAAUGAAACUAUUGAUUCUCUCAUUCAAAUUUUAAGCAAAAAAUGA